CUCCUUGUGCAGAACAACUCCGGCCUGGCCAGGAAGCUGGCACUGGCACGGCCCCAGCCUGGACCACAAGGGCAUCCUUCUGUCUCCAGCUUCCCUGCAGGAUCUGGGGAUGGGGAUGCCGAAGAGGAAGGAGGAGCGCCUGGAAGAAGCUGGGGUGAGGAGGCUCCUGGAUCCUACCGCUCCGCCCCCGCCAGGCAGCCGGGCCACAGCACACCUGGAGGCUCAGCAUCCUUUGAAAUCGGGGCGGGGCCGGGAGGAAGGGAGAAUGGCUGGGUGGAGAGGAGGACCACCCCGCCCCCGCCCCCCGCUGCCUGCGCACGCGCACAAGCCCCUUCUCCCGCCCUCCUGCCUGCCGGCAUCCAGCUUGCCCAGGGCCCCUUCCCCUCCCCCUCCUGGCUGGCAGGAGGCGCAGGUGGCUGCAGCCCAGCACCCGACGCACGGUCUCCCGGAGGCCACCCACCUAGCAGCAGCAUGGAGCACAUCCGCACGCCCAAGGUAGAGAAUGUCCGUCUGAUGGAUCGAACAUCUUCCAAAAAACCAGUCCUGGGGACUUUGUAUCUGACAGCUACCCAUGUCAUCUUUGUGGAGAAUGUGCCUGAAACUAGAAAAGAGACCUGGAUUCUGCACAGUGAGAUCUCUUCCAUUGAAAAACAGGCGACCACGGCAGGGGGCUGCCCGCUGCUUAUUCGGUGCAAGAAUUUCCAGGUGUUGCACCUUGUUGUCCCUCAGGAGAGAGACUGCCAGGACGUAUAUAUCUCCCUCCUCCGUUUGGCCAGACCAGUGAAAUAUGAAGAGCUGUUCUGUUUCUCCUUCAACCCCAAGCUGGACAAGGAAGAACGGGAGCAAGGCUGGAAGUUGGUGGAUCUCCGUGAGGAGUACAAACGCAUGGGUAUCCCCAAUAGCUGCUGGCACCUCAGUGAUGUCAACAGAGACUACCGGGUCUGUGACUCGUAUCCCACUGACGUCUAUGUCCCCAGGUCAGCCACUGCGCAUAUCAUCGUGGGUAGCUCCAAGUUCCGAAGCCGCCGGCGGUUCCCUGCCUUGUCUUAUUACUGUAAAGACACCAAUGCCUCCAUCUGCCGGAGCAGCCAGCCUUUGUCCGGUUUCAGUGCCCGCUGUCUUGAGGAUGAGCAGAUGCUGCAGGCAAUUCGAAGAGCCAACCCCGGGAGUGACUUUAUGUAUGUUGUGGACACACGACCUAAGCUCAACGCCAUGGCCAACCGCGCAGCGGGCAAGGGCUAUGAGAACGAGGAUAAUUACGCUAACAUCAAGUUCCAGUUCAUUGGCAUUGAGAACAUCCACGUCAUGAGGAGCAGCCUGCAGAAAAUGCUGGAGGUGUGUGAGCUGCGAUCCCCUUCAAUGAGUGACUUCCUCUGGGGACUGGAGAAUUCUGGCUGGCUGAAGCACAUCAAAGCUAUCUUGGAUGCAGGGGUGUUCAUCGCCAAGGCUGUGGCUGAAGAAGGGACCAGUGUCCUUGUCCACUGCUCAGACGGCUGGGACCGAACGGCCCAGGUCUGCUCGGUGGCUAGCCUCCUCCUGGAUCCCCACUAUCGGACCCUGAAAGGCUUCAUGGUAUUAAUUGAAAAAGACUGGAUUUCCUUCGGGCACAAGUUUAAUCAUAGAUAUGGCCACCUGGAUGGCGACCCCAAGGAGAUCUCCCCAGUCAUUGACCAGUUUCUUGAGUGUGUCUGGCAGCUCAUGGAGCAGUUCCCCUGUGCCUUUGAGUUUAAUGAGAGGUUUCUGGUGCACAUCCAACAUCACAUCUAUUCUUGCCAAUUUGGGACCUUCCUCUGUAACAACCAGAAGGAGAGACAGGAGCUGAGGAUUCAAGAAAGAACACACUCUUUUUGGGCUCACCUGUGGAAGAAUCGGGCUGACUACCUGAAUCCCCUGUUCCGAGAGGACCACAGCCAGGCUCGGGGAAUUCUUCGGCCCCCAACCAGUCCGUGCAACUUCAUGUACAAGUUUUGGAGUGGAAUGUAUAACCGCUUUGAAAAAGGCAUGCAACCUCGGCAGUCAGUUACCGAUUACCUGAUGGCGGUGAAGGAGGAAACGCAGCAAUUGGAAGAGGAGCUGCAGAUCUUGGAAGAGAGACUGGAAAAAAUCCACAAGAUUCCCCUCAGCCAGACGCCAGGGAAGAGAGAGCCCAGUGCGCUGCAGAGCAAACGUCCCGGGCUGUUGGCCUCCACCCCCAGUGGAGGGAACCCCCCUGCUGAUUCCGGGGGUCAUCUGAAAUCAUCGCCCUCCCGGAGCCCUUCCCAAGGCGAUGACGAUUCUGCCCUGAUUCUCACCCAGGAGAACUUGAAGAGCUCGGAUCCUGACCUCUCCGCCAAUAGUGACCAGGAGUCCGGAGUGGAGGACCUGAGCUGUCGCUCCCCGAGCGGGGGCGAGUGCUUGCCCAGCGAGGACAGCGGCAAGGACCCCGAUCCCGACGAGGCGGUGUUCCUCACCGCAUGAACCCCGAAGGACUGCCGGGAACGAGAAGUGUUUCCCCCCAGAGGGGAGCCGUGCAUUCCAAAAUGGAACAACCAAGGAGAGUUGGAAAUAGGGUCCCACAAGCCAAGGGCUGUCAAUCUUUAAGGAUGUUUGAGCAUAGAAAAUUGCCUUUGGCCUUUUCAAAUGGCAGAAACUUUCCUCCCCCUUCUAGGUAUCAUAUGAAAAUCAAGGUAGAGAAAUGAAUUUAUAAACAUAAAGCCUAGUACUUUUGGAACUGGGAUUCAAAUUAGAAAAGACCCACAGUAAUUUUCUUUUCAUGCUUGACAUGUAAAUUCUAGGUCACAUAACACUUAAACCUCUUUGUUUUAAAAUCCUUGAAAACAGGUCUGAGAAACAAAAAUGAUAAUCAAACGACUUAAAAAAAAUCUUUGAAAAUUCCCCAAAGAGAGGUCCUGAUAGAAAACAAGAGACAAAUCAAAGUUCUUAGUCUCAAAGGAUUUGGGGGGAGGGAGGGGAAGAGUAGAGGAAGAGAAAGAAGAAAAGGAAAGGCCUGGGAAUAUGGGUCAAUUCAGCAAAUAUUAAGCACCUGCUGGUUACAAGGCAUUAGAGCUACCUUCAAGGAACUAAUAGGCUCUAUUAGGAGGAUUGAAUUCAUAAGCAAGUGAGCAAAUACAGGAUUAUUGGAGAAGGAAAGCCCUCAGAACCAGGGGGAUGCAGACAGACUUCCUAGAGGAAGGAGGCACCAAAGGUGAGCCUUGAAGGAAGAUGAAGAAGCAAUGGGGACUGUUUGGAAAGCUGAAAAGGCAGAAAAUGGGAUAUCAGGCAUAUUAGGCUGAUGUGAAACAAGGCUGGAGAGAUGGAUUGGAACUAGCUCGGGGGAAUGUUUAAAAGCUAGGUGGAGGAAUUGGUAUUUAUUUUAGAAAAUAGGGAUUCAGCUAUUAUUCCCUUCAUUUUAUAGCCGAGGUAAACGGGGAUAAGUGAGCUCCCCAGGAUCACACGGCUAGUAAAUGUCCUGAGGCAGGAUUCAAAUUCAGGUUUUCCUGAUUGAAUCCAAUGCACCACCUUGCUGAGAAAGGGAGUAGAAACAUAAGGCAGUAGCUAAUAGGGAUGAGAAGAUACAGUGAAAAUUCAGAAGGGGUGUGUGUGUGUGUGUGUUUGCAAGCAUCAGGGAAACUGGAAAGAGAUGAGAUUAGUUAGAAAAGGUGGGAGGGAAUGAGGUCAAAAAUACACAUAAAGGGGUUGACCUUUAUAAAUGUAGAGCAGGAAAUGCUGUUUGGGGGAGAAUUUUGGCAGUUGUGUAGAAAACCCUUAAGGAAGUGAGACUUAAAGCAGGGAGGCAAAUUAGGAGGCAGUCUAGACAAGAGAUAAUGACUAGUGAUUUCAUAGGGAGAGCACAUGACAGACUCUGAGGCAGGGAAGGAGAAGAGUCUAGGACGACUCCUAAGAUGGAUAUGGAGUUGAUAUGAAUGACUUUUAUCUGUCCAGAGUUAUUAAUCAUAGCCACUUCCCUCUUCUAAGCUACCAUGUGUUAUUAUAGUCUGUGUGAGUGAGCGCAACAAAGGUGCUUUCAACGUAGUUGGUCCCAGAAGGGUCCUUGGCUUUGAAGUUAUCCUAAUCUUACUUUCUGAAAACACCCUGAGAUCAUGGGAGAUAGACCCUGGAAGGGACCUUCUAGUGUGAUCCCCUCAAGUUACAGAUGAGGGAAAUAUGGCUUGCCCCUAAUCUCAAAGGUAUAAAGUAGUGUUUGCAGUAUUGUUUAGGAUGCAUUUAAAGGAUGGCUAGGGGUGUCCUUCCCUUUAGUAUAAAGUUAUCCCUCCUAACUGAAGUCACAUUGAAAUUAAAGCCCCCCCCCCAGCUCCUUUCUUGGGUAGGGCCUUUAUCAUGGAAAGACCCCCAGCUCAAUGGCAGCCCCAUAAUCUUACUUCCUUCACUUAUGAUUCUUAACCACAAACUAGAAAUGAAGCGCCUUUGAAACGGGAACAAACCCUGUCAGUCAUGUGAAUAUACCUCAGUGGCGAAACUCUGCUUCGUUGUAUGCUUGGCUGAAGGUGAGCAAAAGAAAUCACAGCCUUGCUGCUCAGUGAUGUUGCUGGAGUAUGGAUUAAAUAUAGUGCACGUGCCAGGAACUUUAAUGAGCGCCUGGGCUUUUGUUCCAAAAUUCUAGGCAUUGACAAAUAGGAGGGAAGAAAUUUUGGUGCACAGUAGCCAUAAAGCCACACUGUGAUGGGUCUUGGACUUUAUUUGGCUAAGCCUGGGUGCCCAAAGGGAUGAUACGGGAACCCUUGCUGGGUCCCUGGGAUGGAGGAGGUGCUUAGACACGGCGGAGAGAGUGAAAUUGGUUUUGUCAUCCCCGGCUUUAAGUACCUGAGACUUCCCCAAAACCUUGGAGGUAGGGACCAGAGGGAGAAGAGAAGGGGGCAUGAGCUGGGCCUUCCCCAUUUUGCCUCAGGGUUUCUGGAUGCAUGCACCGUUCAGCACAUCUGAGCCUAAUUUAGUUUAUUUUCCUUUAACUUAUCUUUUGUAACAUCUGGGAUUACAUCCCCAUGUUCCUUCUACCUCGUAUAAUGUAGUUUGGCACUGGAAUGCUUUCCUCAGACAUCACUAUCAGGUUAACCAACAUACUGACUCCUUCAGUGUUUCCUUACAGAAUGUUUUUGAUCAUUUUAAUGGCUUUUUUGUUUCCGUUUUAAAAUACAGACUAGCUGUGGCGUUUGCACAAAACUAGUCAUUGGUGAUCACCAGGUUUAGCAGAUUACGUGGUUCAGCCUUUCUAAGAUUGAUUGCCAACUCCAGACACUGGUUUUGGAAGCCUGGAUUAACCAGGGCCCACCUGACAGUCAUAUGGACUAUAAAUAGCCUAUUUUAAAGAUACAUUUCUUUUUAUUACAUUUUUUAUCCUAUUUUAUAGGUCAUUUGAAAAUUGUUUAAAGAGCAAAAUGUAAGUUGUAGGCUUUUAAGUGAUUGGUACUAGCCUAGGUUGGGUAAUCAUAAUGCUGACUAGUGAGUGACCUACUAUUUGGUUUUGUUUGGGUGUAUUGUUUUAAAUUGCAUCUUAAAACUAUAUUUCACUAUUUUUGAUUUCUAUAUAAAAUGAAUCUGCAAAAAAGGAAGUAAAUAAACAGGGCUACCUUCUUAAAGUCAAAACUGAGAGCUGAAAAGGGAUAUGAUAGUACAGGACUACUCCAAUAGGGCAUUAACUAUGAUUGUGCCGAGUGCUGGAUCAGGAGUCACAAGCCCGGAUUUACAGACAGAUAUAGUCUGUUCACAUUGAGCCAAGUGAACAUAAGCCUCUGAGCAGUUCCCAAAUGUUAAAAUGGACAGAAUUUUGGUUGAUAUAAAUGUUUGUCUUGUCAUGUAUGUAAUAUGCAUACUGUGUUGAUAAUACUCUACAAUAAAUCCUUAAGAUGCAAGUUAUCUUUUACAUGGAGCAUUUAAAGGUUUGGCCAACAUAAAACUUCCCUGUAUAACCCGGGGGGGGGUGGGGGUGUCAAGGACCACCAUUUUUGAGGGAGGUGGCUAUUCUUCCUUCCUCAGCUGGGCAGCCAGGUCUCUGCAUCAGGAAUUAGGCCAGCCAGGUCCACUUCUAAUGCAUUCACCCUUGGAACCUGAUAACACUUUGUUCACGCUCAAAAUUAAUUCUUUGAGAGUUUCUCAAGAUCACAGUGUCUACUUCCAUCAUUACAGACUUCAGUUCAAUUUUCCAGGAUAAAAGCCAGGUAGCAGCGGGAAGUACAAAUGUCAACAGCUCAGGGUGCUCGAGAAACGGCCUCAGUGCUGCCAGGGAAUUUCACAAGACCCUAUAGGGAUAGGACUGGGGGAUUCAACAUUCAAAUGAAGGCACUGGAAAGGGCAUCUGGGCUUCAGGAACCUGAAUUCUACUGGCCGGAAAACCUUUAUUUAAUUUUUUUCAAAGGAUGGAAAAGCACAGGGGAAUGGACUGUGGCCUGGAAAAGUAUUUCCAAAAAGCAUUCUCCUCAAAUGUAACAAUUUCCCAUAAUUCCAGAACUCCACUAGUGAAAUGAAACUUGCACAAAGGCCGUGCUGGCCAGAGACAGAGCAGCCAGAGCAAUGACCACCAGCAUUUGGAGCAGCCUAAUUCCAGGUACAUGUUUGGACCAGCCCCAUCCUGCCUUAGGGCUGUUGGGAGGAUCCACCUGGUUUCUUGUUAGUUGGACACUCAAUGAGUUCCCAUUUUAUCCUUCAAGAAUCUAUCCUUGAAACCUUCCUUUAGUGUUAUGUCCAGGCUAGCUCCCUGGAGGUCCUUCGGACGGGCCUUGGUCUUCCGGUGGAGAAGUAAGGCAGGCAGGAGGGCCACCCGAGGCUGGUCAAAGAUGGAAUGCCCCAGUUCCUGUCCUUCUCAGCCCUUACAUGCCCUAUUACAAUUACAUCAUUACAGCAUACUGAUUAUGUAUGAAGCUGAGAACCAUUACUUUACCAUACUACGAGAACCAUCGUCUCAUCAACUACACUGAGUUAACACCUCGUUUCAGGUAUAC